AUGGACUCGGCCAGCGACAAUUCCGAGAAAAAGGAGGACCAUCCACAUGUGUCUAGUACCGUACACAGCUACGACGUCGAUGUCGGUGCUCAGCUGAUUGCUGAGACAGACAGUCCCCUCACUCCACAGGAGACUUCUCGCCUAAGGGCUAAAAUCGAUUGGCAUAUUAUGCCACUCAUGUGUAGUAAAAUCACGUUCAUGGAUAAAACCACUCUGGGAGAGGCAGCGGUGCUGGGCAUACUCGAGGAUGCACAUCUAACUGCUAACCAGUACGACUGGCUUGGCACGAUAUUUUAUCUAAGCUACCUCGUUUUUCAAUACCCUCAGAACUUGGCAUUGCAGCGUUUCCCUGUUGGAAAAUGGAUGAGCAUCAAUAUCUUUCUGUGGGCUGUGGUUCUACUAUGUCAUGCUGCUUGCAAAUCUUUCGGAUCAUUGUUAGCGGUGCGCUUCUUGUUGGGGAUGUGCGAAGGUGCUAUCACCCCCGGCUUCAUGAUUGUCACAUCCAUGUUCUAUACUAAUGCCGAGAAAACGAGGCGUGUCGGUUAUUGGUUUUUGAUGAAUGGUUUUGCUGUGAUUAUUUUGGGUUUCAUCAGUUUUGGCCUCCUUCACACACAUACAACCUCCUUCAUGCCCUGGCAAUGGCUCAUGAUUAUCACUGGUACCGUUACACUGAUCACCUCCGUGCUCUUCUGGUUGUUCUUCCCUGAUUCGCCCACAACCGCUCGGUUCCUAACUCCCGAAGAGAGAGUCGCGGCGAUUCGCAGAAUACAAGAGAAUCAAAGUGGCGUAGAGAACAAACGUUUCAAGAAGGAACAGUUCCUCGAAACUAUCAAGGAUCCAAAGACGUGGUUAAUGGCAUUCUUCGCAGGGUCUGCGUACCUCACUAAUCAACGUCAGUUAAUUGUCGCACAAUUCGGCUUCAAUGGUAUCCAGACAACUCUCCUUGGCUGUGUCGAUGGUGUGGUCGAAAUUCUCACCAUUUGGCUGGGAGUAGUUCUUGCUUCAGAACCAUCCAUCGGCAGGUCAUAUGCUGGUGUACUAAUGUACAUUCCUGCGAUACUCGGCUCGAUACUUGUUAGUACACUUCCGUUCUCCAACAAAAUAGGUUUACUAUUCUCGUACUGGAUCUCACUCUUUGCGAUUGCGCCAUUUACCAUCUUCCUUGGUUGGGUCAGUUCGAUAACAUCCGGACACACGAAACGGAUAACCACCAAUGGUAUCGUCCUGUGCUCAUAUGCGAUUGGCAAUGCUGUCAGUCAGUUUAUGUGGAAGGCACAAUAUCAACCCAGGAACCACGUUCCAUGGGCUGUAAUCACGUCUUGCAAUUUUGCUGCCGGUAUCGCCUUGGUGGUUCUUCGUUUCAUGCUCGCUAGUGAAAACACAAAACGGGAGCGUGAAACCCCCGACAACAAGCAUGAUGCGGUGUACAUACUGGACAGAUCGGGUGCGGAGAGGAAGGUGGACAAGGCCUUCCUCGAUCUUACGGACAAACAAAAUCGCGACUUCCGCUAUGUUCUAUAG